UGGCCUUUUUAUCUCGCCGCCGCGCGUGCACGGCCGCAGCAUCAGCGCGCGCCCCCGUGCUCGCUCCCGGUCUGUGCGCGCGCGCCUCCUCAUCCUCUCGCGCUGCACCAUGGCGCUGACCGUCUGCACGCGCUUCACCGACGAGUACCAGCUGUACGAGGAGCUCGGCAAAGGAGCGUUCUCCGUGGUCAGGCGGUGUGUGAAGAUCUCAUCAGGCCAGGAAUAUGCAGCUAAAAUCAUCAACACCAAAAAGCUGUCUGCCAGGGAUCAUCAGAAACUGGAGCGAGAAGCUCGAAUCUGCAGACUGUUAAAACACCCUAAUAUAGUUCGUCUCCAUGACAGUAUAUCUGAGGAGGGCUUCCAUUACCUCGUGUUUGAUUUGGUCACGGGUGGGGAGCUGUUUGAAGACAUUGUAGCAAGAGAGUACUACAGCGAAGCUGAUGCCAGCCACUGUAUUCAACAAAUUCUGGAGAGCGUUCAUCACUGCCACAUUAAUGGCAUCGUGCACCGAGAUCUGAAGCCUGAGAAUCUGUUGUUAGCGAGUAAACUAAAGGGAGCUGCCGUGAAGCUAGCUGAUUUUGGACUUGCGAUUGAGGUGCAAGGAGAACAGCAGGCCUGGUUUGGUUUUGCUGGGACUCCUGGAUAUUUGUCUCCUGAGGUUCUGAGAAAGGAUCCUUAUGGAAAACCAGUGGACAUGUGGGCCUGUGGUGUGAUCCUCUACAUCCUGUUAGUUGGUUAUCCUCCGUUUUGGGAUGAAGAUCAGCAUCGUCUCUAUCAGCAGAUCAAAGCCGGGGCGUAUGAUUUUCCUUCUCCAGAAUGGGACACAGUGACUCCUGAGGCCAAAGAUCUGAUUAAUAAAAUGCUUACAAUAAACCCCAACAAACGUAUCACAGCCGCUGAGGCACUUAAACACCCCUGGAUCUGUCAACGCUCCACCGUGGCUUCAAUGAUGCACCGACAGGAAACUGUGGAGUGCCUGAAAAAGUUUAAUGCUAGAAGGAAGUUAAAGGGCGCCAUUUUAACCACGCUUCUAGUGACCAGGAACUUUUCAGCAGCGAAGAGUUUGUUGAACAAGAAGCCGGACAGUGUAAAGGUCAACAAUAAGACCAACAAAGACACAGGCCCCGCCCCCGCACUGGAGCCUCAGACGACUGUCAUCCACAAUCCAGUGGAGAGAAAUAAGGACUCAACUGAGAGCAACAACACCACUAUAGAGGAUGAAGAUAUUAAAGCUUGUCAAGUUCUCAGUAAAGCCCGAAAGCAGGAGAUCAUUAAAGUUACUGAGCAGCUGAUUGAGUCCAUCAACAAUGGAGAUUUUGAAACUUAUUCUAAGAUGUGUGAUCCUGGUCUAACGUCGUUUGAGCCUGAGGCUUUGGGGAAUCUGGUAGAAGGACACGAUUUCCACCGGUUCUACUUUGAGCACGCUCUGUCAAAGGGCACUAAGCCGGUGCACACCAUCCUGUUAAACCCUCACGUUCACCUGAUCGGCGAGGACGCAGCGUGCAUCGCCUACAUCCGCCUCACGCAGUACUUAGACUCCGGACGCCCGCGGACUGCUCAGUCAGAGGAGACACGGGUGUGGCACCGCCGAGACGGGAAGUGGCAGAACAUCCACUACCACCGCUCCGGAGCUCCCAGUGCCACGUACCCAUAACUCACCUCUGUUAAUAAUCAAUCAACUAAACUGGACCUGCCCAUGUAUGACCAGCUGGAGACCACGCCGAGUGCAUCAACCCACCGCAAGCUCCUCCCACUCAUUAACAUAUCACUGCACGUGGACAAGAUUUUAAAUUCAUCACAGCAACAAUCUCUCUCUCUCUCUCUCUCUCUCUCUCUCUCACUUAUCUAUCUGUCUGUCUCUCUCUCUCUUACACACAUUGUUAAAGAUGAAAGGGAGUUUUUUAAUGUUAGGUUUUGCUUAUAAUGGCAUAAACAUACAUUUGUGUGUGUGUGUGUGUGUGUGUGUGUGUGUGUGUGUUGUUGUGGUAAUGUUCAUAUGUAAUGUGAUUGUUAAACAAAUUACAAAUUUGUCCCAUAGACAAAUCCAAAAUUACACACACACACACACACACACACACACACACACUAUUUAAUAAUGCUAUGUACAUUAAUUAAAGUCUAUACACUGUCAGAAUGUAGCAUAAAAAGCACAUGAGCUGUGCAUGCAGAUUAUAAUAGACCUCAAUAAUAUUCAUGUUAACUAAUGCUUAUUCAUAUCUAAUCUUAAUGUCUAUUGGUCCAAGCAAAUUGAUUAUUUUUUAGACUUAUUGUUAUUUUUAUUACUUUUGUUGUUGUUGUUGUUGUU